AUGACUGUUCAAGAAACUACUAUCCCAGCCACAUUCCAAGGUUUUGGAGUUGACAAGCCAGAAAACUGGAACAAGCCCAAGUUGGUGGAAUACAAGAGAAAAAUCGUCAACCCACACGAUGUUGUUGUCAAGAACAUUGCCUGUGGUCUUUGUGGUUCCGACAUUCUUACCUUGAAAGCCGAUUGGUCCCCAUUGCUCAGAAACGAUGCUGUCGUAGGUCACGAAAUUAUUGGCCAUGUCAUCGCCAUUGGUGAUAAAGUUACCCAAGUCAAGAUUGGCGACAGAGUCGGUAUUGGUGCAGCUUCCAACUCCUGUAGAGAUUGUUCCAGAUGUACCCACGACAACGAGCAAUACUGUGCCGACGGUGCUGGUACUUACAACUCGGUAGAUGCUGCUGCUGAAGACUACAUCACCCAAGGUGGUUACUCUUCCCACUCCAUUGCUAACGAACAAUUCGUAUUCCCUAUUCCAGAAGCUAUGGAAACCGUACAUGCAGCUCCUUUGAUGUGUGCUGGUUUGACUGUCUACUCUCCAUUGGUACGUAACCUUGGUACCGAUGCCAAGGGAAAGACGGUUGGUAUCAUUGGUAUUGGUGGUCUUGGACAUCUCGCCCUUCAAUUUGCCAACGCCCUUGGUGCCAAUGUUGUUGCCUUUUCUAGAACUUCUUCAAAGAAGGAACAAGCUCUCAAGUUGGGAGCUCAUGAAUUCAUUGCUACUGCUGAAGAAAAGGACUGGAAGAAGAAGUAUGCCGACCACUUCGACUUGAUCUUGAACUGUGCUUCUGGUAUCGACGGUUUGGUUCUUGACAACUACUUACAAGUAUUGAAGGUCGACAAGAAGUUUGUCUCUGUGGGUUUACCACCAACCAAGGACAACAUCCAAGUGUCUCCACACACCUUCCUCCACCAAGGUGCAUCUUUUGGUUCGUCUUUGUUAGGAUCUAAGACUGAGGCUUUGCAGAUGUUGGAAUUGGCUACUGCAAAGGGUGUCAAGCCAUGGGUUGAGGAAAUCCAAAUUGGUGAAGACGGCUGUCACGAAGCGUUGACUAGAUGUGACAAGGGUGACAUUAGAUACAGAUUCGUGUUCACCGGUUUUGACAAGGCUUUCACUGCCUAA